AUGGGAGGCGCUGAAGAGAAAGGAGAGAAACAGGAGGAAGAAAAGCCUACCGAUGAUAAAAAGGAAGAAGAGAAAGACAAACAGGAAAAAGAAGAAAAUCCCAAGGAUGCCAAAGGGAAAGAAGGCAAAGACAAGCACGAAAAAGACGACGAAAAACCUAAAGGCACCAAAAGUAAGACAUCUUCAACGCCAAAAUCAGAUACCAAGACUGAGGAGAUUGGUGAAACUCUAUGGUGUGGGAGUGAUCUCUAUUUGAUCAUUAUCUCUGUUAUCCUCGUCGUUUUCGCCUUGUUUAGUUUUUUUGGGGACUCAGUAUCGAAAGCCGUGGCAGGAUUCAAGCUGCUGUUUUCGCUUCUUUAUUGUGCUGGCGCUGUGUAUGCAGUUGUAAAAAAGAAUGCACGUAUUAUGGCUGCAGUGAUGAUGGCAACGCUUGCACUGGUGGUGUUUGAUAUCCUCAGCAUAUGUGUUUCCUUAUUCGGAAAAUCAAAAAUAGGAGAAGCGUUCUUCUCAAUUUUGUUUUCGAUAUUUCGGAUUGUGAUUUUUGUUCACCUCUUCUUUAUUACGAAUAGAAUUCGCAAAGUUUACAAGAACCAACAAGACUCCAGUCUUCCCAAAUAA